AUAUGGCUUAUCAGUUAAUUGCAUUUGUCUUGUUUCAAUUAAAUCUUCGCAUUCAAUAUCGCUUCUAAGAUGGCUGAAAACGUAUUGAUAAUUUCAAUAUAUAUACUUUUAUUCUUAUCCUCCAUACACGGUCAAGGUAAGAAGACAGAAACAACCACCAAAAAGUCAGCAAACUUCCCACGCCUCACAAACAGUUCUCAUGAGGCGGACAAGCCUGCGUUCAUCUUCGAAGGUGUCAACUAUGAUGAGCUGCCUCCGCACUUGAAAAGCAUUCACAAAGACUGCUAUGCUGAUUACAUACGAUGCUCAAGAUCUAUGACUCAACACCAUCAGGUUUGCGCGUACAACCUUGGGACUUAUUACUUUGAAUCAUUUCAUAGCAUUUGUGAGAUGAUGUAUAAUAACUGUCAGCGGAAGAAUAAAGAACACACCCAAUUUUAUUACAUAGCUGAUGGGUAUAAGUGUGAACAUUGGACACGGCGUAUGAAGCGACGCAAAACUGUUUUUUCAAAACUUGCCUCAAAAGUCAAACAAUUGGCGACGAAAACUCAUACGUUAACAAAGAACAUUUUGAAAAAGAUUUUCAAACUAUUUAAAGGAAAAUAAAUAUUCAAUUUGAAUUCAUUUUUUUUUACAAUAAAUUAUAUCGUCUAUAUAGUAAGUAGUGGCUUCAGCGUGCGACUCUCAUCAUUCGAGCCCCGGCUGUGCACAAAUGGACUUUCUUUUACGUUAUUUCGGUGAAGGCAAAACAUCGUGAGGAAACCGGAGUUAGACCCAAAAGGUCGACGGUGUCGGUUAGGCACAGAAGGUUCACUUGCCUUAGAAGUGAUUACGGAACAGAUACAGAGAGCUGAAGCACAUAGCUUAAAGACUAGGCCGCUACACUGUUAUUAUAACAAUAAUUAUAAUUAAAAUAACGUU